ACUACGUUUGCUGGCACUCACAUUUGCGUUACUUUACGCAAAAUAUCGAUAAACGAUAUUUGUUACAUUUUCACCGCAACCACCAAAUCCUAGCCGGCGUUGUUUGUGCGCGUUUUUUUGCAGAAAAUCAUUGGAAAACAGAUAAAAACAUGAAAUUAGUAAGAUUCCUGAUGAAACUGAGUCAUGAGACUGUGACCAUCGAACUGAAGAACGGCACGCAGAUCCACGGCACCAUCACCGGCGUGGAUGUGGCCAUGAACACUCACCUGAAGAGCGUGCGCAUGACGAUCAAGAACCGGGACCCCGUCCACCUGGAGACCCUGAGCAUUCGCGGCAACAACAUCAGAUACUUCAUACUGCCGGACAGCCUGCCGCUGGAGACGCUCCUCAUAGACGACACCCCGAAGUCGAAGACAAAAAAGAAGGACAGCGGCCGUGUCGGCAACCGCGGCAGGGGCAGAGGCGCCCGCGGACGAGGCGGUCCAAGGGGUCGUGGAAGGGGCCGCGCGUCGGGCCGACGUUAAUUUUUGUAACUGCUACACCUAAUAAACAAUAUUCGAUAAAUAUAGAAUACAAAUAUUCUUUGGAUAAAUCUAUUUUGUACACGUUUAUGUUCGAACCAUUGAAAUUUGCCCACAAUUCAGCAUACCUGAAUAUAAAUUGAUAAGGAAUCAUUUUUGUAGUAGCUCUUGAAAAAUGUGUUAAUACCAAAUGUAGUUUCCCUCAGAAAAUAUAUACAAAUGAAGAAUACCUUCUACGAUUGGAA